AUGGAUUGGAAUAGGAUCAUCUUCAUGGAAAACCGAUACAGACAUCAAAGCAAUUCCAGAAAUCUGCCCAUUGUACCAGCUGGUUGCAGUUUGGUAAAUGAACAGAAAAACCAAACUCAGAUUCUUGUCCAUCAGACCGGGUCGGCCGAGGGGACCCUCGGGGACGAAUCGGGUAAUCCAGAGUCUCAAAAAAAGUCUGGAAGAGCACGAACUUCUCAACGUGUGUGUCUGACUUUGGACAUCCAAAUGGGUUUCUCUUCUUCAAGCCAAGACGAAAGGACUGAGGAGGACUACUACAAGAUACUGCAAGUUUCGAGCGAUGCCAGUCCUGCAGAACUCAGGGCCUCCUACCUGAGACUGAUCAAACUUCACCAUCCCGACAAGCUCAACCAACCAUCCCAGUCCCACGAUCCAUCACCACUCCCUCAGCCUAGUGGUCACUCUCAACUGACCGCAGAACAUCGGUUCGCUCAAGACUUGAUUCAUGCUUAUUCGAGCUUGAUUGACCCUGUUCGGAGGACAGAAUACGAUCUCAAGCGGCUCCAAUCAUCUCCGGGACACGAACAAGUGUCAUCUUCGACAACACAGACGAAGAUCGUCUCGCAAGUCCUCGAUCUUUCCGAAUUCACACAACUGGAGCAUGAAGGACAACAGCAUCCCGACGCAGAGCGAUUCGUGUUCCCCUGUAGAUGCGGAGGACAGUUCCUGAUCACGGAAGAUCAGAUGGAGGCCGGGAUCGAGACCAUCGGGUGUGAUGGAUGCAGCUUGACUGUCAGAGUCGAAUACCAGUGCUUAUAAUCCCUCCUCAGAAAAACCCCAUGCCAGAAUCUUCCGCCCCCCCCCCAAAAAAAAACCCAACUAUGUUUGAAUUCGUAUUUCGAUUGUAGGUAAAUCUGUCAUCCUCCCUGAUCUGUUUUACUUGGGUACCUGUGAAUUUCCGGAUGAGGGUAUACUCAUUGAAUUAAUGAUAUACCCCCCCCUUAAUCCUAAGCUUAAAUAACAGGAGCAUACUCAGGAAGAGUCUGAUCCAUCCAAACGAAAUAGAACAUCUAGUGAAGCUAUGACUAUAAUCUUAGCUGUCUGCUCAUCCAAAAGUUAAAUGA